AUGAAGGGCAAAAUCUUCCUUCUGGCCAUUUUUUUCCUGACGCUACAUGUUGUGGCAUCGUGUGAUAAAACCAAUAUUACGGUAACCAAGUACAAACCCAAAAAUGGAAAUGACACAGAGCUCGGUACAAAUAAUAAGACAGAUAGCCAGGGAUCCGGAAACAGCAAUGGGGAUCUUUUCAUGGGACAAAAUAUAAUUAAUUAUUUUAAAAACAUUUUAAACGAUCUCAAUAAUCAUUCUAAAAAGGAUAGUGAUGUUCCUGAUGAUGUAAAAAUCAUAGGUCAGGUGUCAGAACAGGUUCCUACAACGAUUGAGGGAACGGAUGACGAGGAAGGAGACGAUGGGGUAAAUGCACCAGGCCAGAACGGCGCGCAGAGUGGCCAGCAAACUGGUGCGAACAAUGAUAGGCUGACUGUCGCGCAGAGUGGACAUAACGUGGGAGAGGCGCAGUCCAAUCUUCCAGUCAAAGGAGAGAUGUACAGCGGGUCCAGCCUAAAAUUCUCAGACGAGCUAUAUGAAGAUAUCUUAAACAGCUUAAGUAAAAAGGGCGGUGAAGAAGGAAUCAAUUAUGAUCACAAAUAUAAUGAGUUCAAAAAGGAAUACGAUGGGUUCUUAUCGUUAAAUAAAAACGAAUAUGAAAUUAUAGGAAAGCUUGUUGCUGCAUUUUCCGUGUACAAUGAUGCCAUUGGCGAGGAUGCAGAUUCUGUGUACGAAUCGAUUAAGAAGUCCUUUACGGAUCCAAAGUUUAAACAAGAAUUUAAAGACUUCAUGAAUGGGCUUUAUGACUAUGCUAACACGAAGCAUCAUAUAAGAGGCGCACAAACGGAGGAGGCCAAGACAUACCUCAUGCUGUUUCAGAACGUACUCAAUUUUCUCAACAUGAUAUAA